ACCGGCCCUGAUAUCGACGUUUAUAUCGAUACGCCCUGCCCUCAAUAAAACCACUGCUCUGCUUCUUGACGUAGGGCAUUUCCCAAACUUCCUCAGCGGAUACAGAGAUAGUUUCCACCAAACUGGAAAAAUGGUUCGCCACGUAGAGACGCUGGAAGAAUUCCACAAAAUCCUGAAAGAAGCUGGGGACAAGCUGGUGGUGGUGGACUUCACUGCCACCUGGUGCGGCCCUUGCCAACAGAUCGGCCCUAAGUUUGUGAAACUGUCAGAGUUACCGGAGAACAAGAACGUGGUUUUCCUGAAGGUGGACGUAGAUGAUGCCCCGGAAAUCAGCACUGAAUGUAAGAUCCAGUGCAUGCCCACAUUCCAGUUUUACAAGAAUGGACAGAAGGUGAACGAGUUCUCUGGUGCGAAUGAGAAACAGCUGAAUGAACUGGUGGAGAAGCUGAGAAACUGAGUUCCACUGACCAAUCCUCAACCUCAUAUUGUAUCAAAACCACCUCACAAGCUGUUAAUAUCUGUUCACAUCCAUUUCAGUUCAUGUCCAAUAACCAUCUGGUGUGCACCACACAGGCAGCACCCGAAUCCAUUCAUCAUGUCAUGUUGAUGUAGACCUGAUCUCAGUGUCUUUUAAACUCUGUUUUAUAAGAAUUGACAACUUCGCUACUACUUCUUCUUUUCUUCUAUGCCAUGUGCUCAUCCAGGUGGACAUAAUAAAAGAGGAAUCCAUCCA